UUCGCAGAGUCUCGAGUGCAAGUGCAGAGCGUGUUUUCCAUUUUGGCAGUGCAUUACCCAAUAAGAGAUUGGUGAAAACGGUUCGACAUUGAUUGUUUGUUCUAAACUUGGCAGAACGAUGAAAUUGCCUUUGAACUUGGCGCUUCUGCUGCUGGCGGCCCACGGUGCGUAUGCGCAACACCAGGACUACACCACUCCGGUGCCCAUUUUGAAGCAGAUCGACAAGCACAACGACGACGGAUCCUACACUUAUGGUUAUGAGGCGGCGGACAAGAGCUUCAAGAUAGAGACAAAGUACGCCAAUGGCGAGGUGUAUGGAAAGUACGGCUAUGUGGAUGACCAGGGAAAAGUGCGGGAAAUCGAGUACGGAGCGAGCAAGCGGGGAUUCGAGCCCGCCGGCAGCCACAUCAAUGUGCCGCCUCCGACGCUGACCAACAGCAAUCCCUAUCCGCUGGGACCCAACGAGCUGGACGAUGGCCAGUACCGCGAGGAUCCGGCGGUGUACUACAAGGACCAGAAGUUCAAUCGCCCCUUGGCCCCGGCCAGCAAGUUCAGUCUGAACGACUUCGGGCGUGGCCAGCAGCAGGGCUAUGCCCCGCCCCCCCAGCAGCCCGCCCCCCAGAGACCCUACUACAGCCCAGCGCCCCAGUACUACAAUCCCCCCGCCCCGCAGCCCCGCUACUACCAGCCGCCUGCCCAGAACAACUACUACAAUCCCCAGCAGCACCGGCCAUACGCCGGGUUGCCCGAGCAACACCAUCCCUCGCUCCGGAACCUGAACCUCUACACGGGAUCGUACAGCAUCGACUAUACGGGCCGGAAGUAGGAAGUGGGAAGCAGGAAGAAGAAAGGACCUUUGGACGGGAGGGGGGAUCGCCUUUGAGUUGGGCCCACGAGCCAGCGACUGAAGUGUCCGAGGACAACGUCAACUUGUUACUGCCAAAUAAAUCAGUCACUCCGCACACCCCACAUGUAUCUAUAAUGUACUAUACACUGUUUAUAUAUGGUUUUGUAUGUGUGUAAUAAAUCGAGUUUCGAGACCUGAA